AUGGUUGAUUUUAACAAUAUACUGAAUGUCAAUAUUCAGUGUGCUUCAUAUAAACUUCCUGAAGUGGACCAACUUCUAGAAAAAACCAGGUUCCCUCCUGUAGGGCAAAUUGCCAGUAUUCCGGAUGACGAUACAAAUGCUCAAGAUGCUUGGAACAAUAUUCUCAACUCAGGGAUUAUACCCUCAGAUGUGGAAGUCAAGAAAGACAAUGAUGACAAUCAUGCCAGUGUAAACCAAGAUGGGUAUAAUGCAACGGACCCAGAUUGUUGGUACACGGCAUCCCAAUGUACAAAACCCAAACAUCUAAAUUUAACUUUGGACCUGACCGACUGCCCUACGCCCAGCACGCUUGGAUUUACCAUCGGCGAUGCCCCUAAUUGCUCGCACAAUCUAUUGUACAAUUCCUUUGAAGCCAAAAAAAUCAAAGCGACGCUUUUUUAUGUUGGGUCCAAUGUGAUCAAUUAUCCGUACCAGGCCCAGCGUGGUAUCACGGAUGGACACGACAUUUGUGUCCAGAGUUGGUCGAAUCCUUACCUAACUACCUUGCCGAAUGAUCAAGUAUUUGCAGAACUGUAUUACACAGCUUUGGCUAUUAAAGCCGUCUUAGGCGUUACACCAACUUGUUGGCGUCCACCUUUCGGUGAUUUGGACGAUCGUGUGCGCGCUAUCGCCUAUGGGCUUGGGUUGAGGACCAUCAUGUACGCAGAGGAUGUCAGUUCUGGCUCUGGUGGCUACAGGAGGGUGACAGGUAUGGCGUCAAGUUCGAGUCCGAUUGUUCAAUUCCAUGAAACGUCGAAUUCCACUAUGACUGCCCUCAACGGCAGCCUUUCGGACUUACUGGACGCGUACAAGCUCGUCAUGCCUAUUACAGCUUGUAUGAAUAUCACCCAUCCUUACACGGAAAACAUCGCGUACCCGAAUUUUUUGCAGGCUCAGAAGCCUUUUAAGUACACUAACCUCCCUCUAAGCACCGAUAUAUCUACAAAUCCUUCCCCCAAAUACGUGGUGUCCUCACUGAGUGAAAUGGACUAUGGUUUUGCGAACUCACUCAAUGCGACUGGCACAAAUGCCACAUUCCCCGCCAAGACAGAUGCUUCGGAUAGCGCUGCUUCCCUAGCGCAGGUUCCUUCUCUUGGAACUCUUGCCGCUACAGUCAUGAUUCUAGCUGUUUCACAAUCAUGUUUAUAA